AUGAUUGAGAAGACCAUUGUCAUUGUUGGCGCGGGUGUAGCAGGCGCAUCAACAGCGCUGGCAGCUCUCGACGUGUAUGACAAAGUCCAUUUGAUUGAUUUCCCAUCUCCUCCUCUUACUCACGCGUCACAAGGCCUAGAGAGAAUCGUCCGGGCAUCCUAUCCUGAGAAUAAAGCAUACGAACUUCUUGCCUCCGAAAGCUUGCGACAGAUCAAAAGCGGACCUCUUUCCAAAUAUUUUCACGAAUCUAAGCGACAUGUGCUACAGCCUGGUGGGACGGGUUCUGAACGGAAGACCUUUCGUGAGAUUCACUUUGAUGAUUUAGACGGCGAAUAUGACGAACAGCCUGCUGGACGGAUUGAUGCAGCAGAUGCUUUGGAGUGCAUAAAGCAGAUGGCACAAGAUCGUGGAGUGAUUCUCAUAUCCGAGAGAGUAACGUCUCUUGUGUGGGACGGUGAUGUCUGUAGCGGAGUUCGCACAAAGGAGGGGUCUACAUACCUCGCUACGUUCGUCCUUUUGGCUAUGGGCUAUCGGGUCCCAGCCUUUCUGGCAAGUCAAGGCAAGGCAAUGGAGGAUGGCCUUUGCAAGACUGCAAUAGUUCCGUGGGGGGAGGUCAAACUCGAUGAUCAGCAGCACGAAGAGCUCAAAGGGAAGGCGAUCACAAUUGUCCCUGGCGUAGGUGCGUUAUUUUCUUCACUUCACCGAAGCCAAGCUCACAAUUCAUAGGCGAAUAUCUUCAAGGAACCGAGAAAAGGAUAUUGGUAAACAAUGCAAGGACAGUUGAGGUCACAAAUCUGGAGCAAGUUAUGCAGGCAUAUCCUCUUCAAGAGACGUCGAUUUACUACAAGGAGACGCAUGAUCUUUUGUGCUGGUUUCUGCCACAGCUGAAGGAUGCACCGUUCGAGUUGCAUUACUGCCCGUGUGUAUCCCACUAUAUACCUUAAAUAACCUUGCUAACGAGUUAGCGAUCUUAUUACGGCAAACCAACACUUCUUGAUUCGUCCUGUUCCGGACUGCCAUGGAUUAUACAUGGCUUGCGGAUUUAGUUUUCAUGGAUUCAAAUUUAUAUCGGUCAUCGGUAAGCAUAUAGUAGCGAUGAUGGAAGGGAAAUUGGAUCCUGAACUUCUAAAGCUGUGGUCUGGGUCCAUUAAGGGAAAUGAAAUACAUGAAGAAGUGAUGCCUCUCCGUGAAUUCGGAAAAGGGGAGCUAUAGCCAUAGAUGACAGCAAUAAUUAUAAC